AGGCUGGUCGGCCGAUAUGAUACCGAUUAUGCUGGGUUUUAAUACCUUAGUCCGCGUUGGUUUAGUACUCAGCUAGCAGCUUUCUUUCACCACCCAGUUUGCUAGAGGUUUGCUUCCUCGUUCCCUUCCCUCUUUCCGGACACUCUUCCCUAGUAGCAUACAUCACUGAUAGCCAAGACAUACUCAACCGAGAUCGCCCAGCGCAGCCUCAAAUGAACUCGAACGACGACAGCGCAGCCAACCAAAGCACGGGGUCUUCAGAUCUAGGAAACACCAAUACUGAACCUAAGAAUGUCGUCAAAACCGACAUUAGUGAGGAUAUUGAUCCCGCCAACGAGGUUCAGGGCACCACGUUGAUCUUGAUCCACGUUGCCAUUUGUCUGUGCACCUUUCUCGUCGGCUUGGACUUCAACCUGAUUGCAACCGCCGUUCCUGUCAUCACGACCGAAUUCGACACGACGCGGGAUAUAGGCUGGUAUGGCGCCGCAUUCAUGGUUGCCAUGUCGUCCAGCCAGCCGCUUGCCGGAAAGGUGUACACACUGUGGUCCAAGAAGGUCACAUAUCUGCUUUACCUCGUCGUCUUUGAGGCUGGCAGUCUGAUGUGCGCCCUCUCUCGGUCCUCGCCCGCCCUGAUUGCCGGUCGUGCUGUUGCCGGGUUUGGUGCCUCGGGCCUCUUUGCCGGCGGCUUCACUAUCCUCACCACCAUCAUUCCGUUACACAAACGCGCCGUGUGGACGGGCACCAUGGGCGCCACCUUCUCCAUUGCUAGCAUCGUCGGCCCAAUCAUGGCCGGUGCCUUGACCCAGAAUGUCACUUGGCGGUGGUGCUUCUAUAUCAACUUACCCAUUGGAGGUGCAGCUGCGGCACUCUUCUUUCUCCUGGUCCAUCUCAGGCCCGCAGCAACUGAACAGAAGCCCAUUGCGGGCAAGAUUGCGAUGCUCGAUGCCCCCGGCUUCGUCCUGUUCGCAUCCUCCACUACGAUGCUUCUCCUGGCACUCCAGUGGGGCGGUAUUGAAUAUGCGUGGUCAUCAUCCGUCAUUAUUGGGCUGCUUGUCGGCUUCUGUGUGGUUAUGCUCCUGUUCGUCUUCUGGACUCUCUGGCGAAAGGAAAGCGCUUUGAUACCACCACGGCUGUUUACUAUGAACAGAAAUCCUGCACUGCUCUGUGCGGCCGCCUUCUUUGUGAACGGCCCCUUCCAGAUCGUCAUCUAUUGGCUCCCGGUAUGGUUCCAGGGGGUUCUUGGUGCAUCCCCGACGCAAAGCGGUAUUAAUUUCUUUCCAACCGUUGUCUCGGACGUGCUGGCCGCUUUCAUCGGCUCGGCUCUGGUUUCACAGCUGGGGUGGUGGAAUCCUUUCUUGCUGUUCGCUGAGGCCUGCGUCUGCCUCUGUGGCGGUCUGCUGAGUAUGAUAUAUCCUGACAUUCCUGGGGCUCACUGGGUGGGCUACCAGAUUCUCGGCGGUAUAGGGUAUUCUUUGGCGUCCAAUUUGUCGCAUCUUGCUAUGCAGUCGUCUCUCCCGCAGGACCUCGUGCCGCUUGGAUCAUCCACUUUGCUGUCCGUUAUUUCGACCAGCUGCGCCAUAUUCAUGGCAAUCGGCCAGGCAGUCUUCCAAAGACGGCUCCAGGUAAACCUAGAUAGCGUGAUCCCGGUUGAGUCGGUGAACACCAUCAUCAAUUCCGGAGUAACAAACGUGGCUUCUUUGGUAGAACCUUCCCAGUUGCCCGAAGUCAUCCGAAGAUACAGUCUAUCCGUUACGCAGACAUUCUACAUCCCGGCUAUCGCACCUGUUGUCUCCUUUCUCCUGCUGCUUGGGUGCAAAUGGAUCUCAACCAAAAGCAAGAUGGCUACGACCGCGGCUACGGUAAUUGACGGCAAAGUUAACUCUGAUGGUGAGAAGGGUCUGAGCAUGACGGAAAGAGAAUCUAAGUGAUCACGAUAGUCAGGAACGGGAACUUUAGGCACUUUACUGCACUAUGUCUCCGAAUUAGGCCGUGGGUACACAGCUUAGUGAUCUCCUGACCGCAAACUUUGGUUGACUCGUGUAGUGGCUGCUUUCCUGGACAUCUCGUUGUCGGGAUGCCGCGAAUCUUGCAGACCGCUUACGGGAGUAGGAGGACCGCAUGCGACUGCCUCUCUCGUGCUUGAACUUCGGAGGCAGCUGCUCUUACCGAACGAAUGAGGAUCAGGUUACGGGCCCGGGCUCGUCUCUGUCGGUGCAUGUCGGCAUGCUCCUUCCCUUGCUACUUGCCUUGAGAAUUUGGCAAGUCCAACCCAUACAUCUCAUAUCAGUAUAAACC